GGGCACCCCUCUGAUCCCUGUGCCGAGUCAUUCCCCCAUAUGGCAGAGGGCAUCUUCCUUAGGCAGACACUUACCUUCCAGGAAGCUUUUCGUCCCACUCCCGUUAGGUGGUACAUUGUUCUUUCUGUAUUCCUCAGAUUCCUUCUUUUGUUCAUAAUUACUUUAAGGCUGUUCAGUAGUUUAAUUGCCUGCAAUGCCUAAUACUCUAUUGUAUCUGCUGAGUCUGGUUCAUGACGAACUCUUUGUGUUUUAUAAUUUUGGAAAGGGAGCUCAUGUUAACUUAGUUCUUUACUUCUGGGGAUGUUGUCCAGCCUGGCUGGAUUGUGCUGUCUCCUUGAGCCCUUAUAAUCCAGGGAUGCUGUCAGUCUGCGACCACUUUCUAUGUAAAAGCACUUAGUUGGGGGACCCUGGCUGUGUAUUUGAGGACAGGCCCAAGUUUGUGAAUUCACACACAUUUUUUUAUACCCCAGGCCCAGUCCAAGACCAGUUCCUUUGCUAGUGGACUGCUUUUUCCUAGGCCAUCCUCUCAUAGAAGGGUAGGGGAGCACACUGAGAAGUGCUGCAUUCCGGGGGGACCUUUCUCUCAACCCUCUCCUUGUAUUCCCUGACCUCAGCUCUCAUCUCUGUCUGGGCUUUAAUCCCUGACCUCUGGAUGGCAAGGUUAGUAGUGCCCCAGAGGGCCACUGUCUUAGUCCACUGCUAUAACAGAUUACAGACUGAGUCUUUUAUUUCUCACAGCUCUGGAGGAUGGAAGCCCACCGACAAGGUGCUGGCACCCAUGUGUGGCGAGGGCUCCCUUCCUGGGCCGUCCUCUCAUCGUAUCCACACAUGGUAGAUAGAGAAAACUCUCUGCUGUCUUUUAAAAGGACACUGAUCUCCAUCUUCAUGACCUAAUUACCUCGCAAAGUCCCCACCUUCUAAUACUGCCACAUCGGAGAUAGGACUUCAGCAUAGGAAUCUGGGGGUGGAUACACACAUUCAGUCCACAGCAGCUCCUGUGGGGGCCACGGCCCUGUUUGUUUUCAGUCCUAGGUUUUCCUUUCUCUGACCUUUGCUGUGCAUUGGGAUGGGUGUUUGUGUGAUCUGACCCAGCGUAUUAUGAGUCUUUUGUAGCGGGCAGGUUUUCAACAUUUUCUAGUCCUCUGUGUUGCCUGAAAUGAAAGUCUAAGGAGUAAAACUUGUGGUCUUCUGUGAUUCUUAGUAAUAUGGAAAAAGUUCGUCAUAGACACUAAGUCUAUCCUCAAAAAAUAAAUGUACAUCAAUAUUUUGCGCUGAGAUGUUUUCUCGUUUUCUUUACAGGGCACAGCUCCAAGGUGAAGAGAAGCUGGUAUAUUUCUGAGCAUCUUGACCACUGAAAGGAAACCAGACAUGUCUUUGGAGGACAUUCAAAUGAAGCCAGGCGACCUCCUAGAGAGGGAGCACCUGGACAGCGGAGGCUUUGGGAGGGUGUCCCUGUGCUUACACAGGACCCAUGGGCUCGUCAUAUUGAAGAAAGUAUACACAGGGCCGAAGUGCACAGAGUACAACGAGUCCCUCCUGGAGGAAGGCAAGAUGAUGCACAGGCUGAGACAUGAGCGGGUGGUGAAGCUGCUGGGCAUCAUCCUGGAGGAGGGCAACUACUCACUAGUGAUGGAGUACAUGGAGAAGGGCAGCCUCAUGCACGUGCUGAAGGCCGAGAUCAGCAUCCCCCUCUCUGUAAAAGGAAGGAUAAUUAUGGAGACCAUUGAAGGAAUGUGCUAUCUGCAUGGAGAAAGUAUAAUACACAAGGACCUGAAGCCUGAAAAUAUCCUGGUUGAUAACGACUUUCACAUUAAGAUAGCUGACCUCGGAGUUGCUUCCUUUAAGACGUGGAGUAAGCUGACGAAGGACCAGCACAACGAGCAGCGGAGAGCGGACAGUCUCUCUAAGAAGAACGGCGGCACCCUCCACUACAUGGCGCCCGAGCACCUGGACAAUGUCAACGCCCGGCCCUCAGACAAGUCGGAUGUGUACAGCUUCGCCAUAGUACUGUGGGCCAUAUUUGCACACAAGGAGCCUUACGAAAAUGCUAUCUGUGAGCAGCAGCUGAUAAUCUGCAUUAAAGCCGGGAACAGGCCAAAUGUGAAUGACAUCAUUGAAUACUGCCCAAAGGAGAUAAUCAGCCUCAUGAAGCAGUGUUGGGACCCGGACCCGCAAGUGCGGCCAACGUUUGCUGGCAUUGAAGAAAAAUUUAGGCCCUUUUAUUUACAUAACCUAGAAGAAUGUGUAGAAGAAGACGUGAAGAGUUUAAAGAAAGAGUUUCCCAGCCAAAAUGAAGUUGUGAAGAGAAUGCAGUCCCUCCAAAUAGAUUGUGUAGCAAUACCUCCAAGCAGGUCCAAUUCAGCCACAGAACAGCCCAGUUCGCUGCACAGUUCCCAGGGCCUCAGGAUCGGGCCUGUGGAGGAAUCCUGGUUUGCUCCCUCCCCAGACCACCAGCAGGAGCAGAGCGAGCUCAUCCUGCAGAAUAAACUCCAGGAGGAAGCCAACUACCAUCUUUUUGGCAGCCGCAUGGACAGGCAAACAAAACAGCAACCCAGACAAAAUAUGGUUUACAACAGAGAGGAGGAGAGGAGACGAAGGGUCUCCCAUGACCCUUUUGCACAACCGAGACCUCAUGAGACUGUUCAGAUCCCCGGGGUAAAAGGCCUUGCUGCUUCCAACGCAGCCAGUCCUAGGAACACAGUACACCAAGCCGUGGGACUGGCCAGCCAGCCCCAAGCACCCCCCUGGAAUAAUGGACCAUAUAAUCCAUAUGACCUUAGAACAGGUUCAUUGGGUGCGGGAACAGCAGGUCCCAGAUUUUGGUAUGGGCCAAAUGCAAGCCAUACGCCAGGCCUGCAUAAAACUCCAGUGCCUGAGACCAACCUACUGGAAAACACACCCACCAUUCCAUUCAUCUCCCGGACAUCAAGAGGUGAGACUGCACAAUAUUCCAUAUACAACAGUGCUGGGGUUCAGAUUGGAGACAGUAAUCAUAUGGAGGUUGGUGGAAUGAGUUUGCCAUUUCCAGACUACACAUACAUGAACUGGAAAGAGCCAGCUUCUGCGUACCAAGAUAUCUUUGAUAAUACCACUAGUUUGACUGAUGAACACCUGGACCCAGUCAGAGAAAAUCUGGGAAGGACCUGGAAAAGCUGUGCCCGUAAAAUGGGCUUCACCGAAUCUCAGAUUGAUGAAAUUGACCAUGACUAUGAGCGAGAUGGAUUAAAAGAGAAAGUUUACCAGAUGCUCCAGAAGUGGCUGAUGAGGGAAGGCAGUAAGAGGGCCACAGUGGGAAAGCUGGCCCGUGCGCUGUACCAGUGCUCACGCAUAGACCUGCUGAACUGUUUGGUGGCACAUAUCAGCCAGAACUAACUAGAAGGAGCUUCGGCAGCAUGAAGUCAUCUCACUUAGUGAGUGGUCCACUGAACUUGUGCUGCCUCAGACCAUCCACAAUUCUUUCCUCACUGAUGUGGGUUCUGUGUCUACAUAAAAAUCAUUUCCUGCAUUCCAUAGCUGGACAGUGGGAAAGAGGCUGUAGCAACCCACUAAACUGGAAGACCGAUUAAUGGCCUCCAUAAGAAAAGAAGCCUGAUUGGGUUUUGAAAGGGAGAAAACAGAGAUUUGAGAGAGAUUGUUUUCUUUCACUUUAUCCCAUAACCCCCAGUUAUGCUGCUCAUUCAGUUUCCUAGAAUUUUGUUUGAGCAAGAGAAAAAAAUUCAGAGAAUGAACUAAGUCAACUUUCUUAUUUUGUGCUCUUUCCUCUACAUAGGCUCCUGUUAUAACCAAAGCACAGAAAAAUUCUAAGCUCUUCCAACAGGGUUUCUUGGUAUCACAGCCACAGUUCAUUUCAGAGUGACAGGAUCUGCUAACUUCAGUGUCACAUGCUGUGUCACUCACUACAGGCUUCAAGAACUGCAUGGAACCUUCACUCCAUAAAUUAACUGAAGGGAUUUUAAGGUGUACUAAGAAGGGAAAGAAUAGAAAACAAAAACACCACAAUUUCACAGACAGUUGUUGCAAGAAAUUGCUACUAAAUGUGACUACAAAAAUUCUUAAGUUUUUAAUUUUUUUCCUAGUAACCUGGCACUUUAGGCACUUUCCAAACCUGUGUGCCCUGAAGGGGGAGCAGGUGUGCAGGGGUCUUGUCUUCACCUUGGCUGUGACUGGAGCCUCUGGGCCGAUCACUGUUGAACAGUUCCCCCUGGGAGGUGUAGAGACAUUGUCAUUUUUUCCUGUAAGCUAGAACAUAGAAAGGACAGCUUCAGAGCCUGGUGGUUGUGGCUCUAGCUCUCAGCCCUUCAAAGCCCACGUGAAACUCAGGAAUGAAUGAAGAAACUAGAGGACGGAAGGCAGCCGGGCCAUCUCACAGCACUGCCAGCACUUUGCUUAACAGAGAGGGUGUGCCUUUGUGCUUAGCCCCUGGAGGGAAGGAGAGGACGGUGCAGUGUGGUCAGUCCGGCUGUCAGGACAGAUUCUAGUGUCUGGUGGGCUAAUAACAGUAUUAGUGGUUCUGAUUGUAAAUCUCCGUCCCCAGCACAAACGCACGUGGGUGCGCGCGCACACACAAUCCAGCCCCAGCACACGCGUGUGCACCCCCCCC